AUGUCUACAUAUACUCAGAUUCCUUUGUCCUUCUUAUUCAAAAUUGACUUUAUCAAACCUAACGAGGAUGUGCAGCCCGAAAUUCGGCGGAGAGAUUCAACUUGGAUCCCACCGACGCUUCCCGCCGCAAUCGCCACCGUGGGCUCAACCGGGUGGGUUCGCUGGACGGUAGAUGGCUUGAAGAGGCCUAGAGAGGUGGUUCAUAACGAGCUUCAAACCAGUUCAUUAUUUUACAAUUCAGAAAAUCAUCACUUUUUAGGAGUCCCAUUCGACUGUCGCAGAUCUAGUGUACAAAUCUCUCGACAAAGAGACGGCCUUGGCUGGCGAAGAGUCAUGUUUCGAUACACGGAUCAUGAUCCUCCAGUUUCAGUUAUGAGCUUUGAUUCGGAAUACAACGUUCUUGCGGGUACAGGUUCGACUUCUUGGAUGCCUCAACUCAUCCCAGAGACUUAUUCCCAAAAUCAAGAUCACAUGCAUGUCACCAAUGCUGGGAUCGCUGGGGACCUCUCUUUGCUACUAGCAUUUGCAGCCUUUUCCUCCGUUAUUGAGCCGCUCAAUGUACGAAAUGUGAUGGCUGUUAUUGCUACCUGCUUUAAGCCACCAAAGUGGAAACCUCACAUGCUACCAACCAUAAGAAAACAUCGCACGGGAGUGAUCGUGUCAAUCAGCCUUGACCCCGACUCUGAGAUUACAGAACAAGAGUUAUGGGAGUACCAGAAGGGUAUAUAUGGUCCUAUAAUCGAAGGAUAG